CACGACUUCCUGCUCUCUCGUAGAGAAGGGCGUGCCGGGGCUUAGUGCCUUUCAAGGCCGCCGGAGGCCUGGCCUGGGGCGGCUCUGAUCUGAGAGUGCGACCGCAGUAGCAUGGAGGGUCCCCCGGAGGGGAAGGCGCCCGCGGCGGCGCUGGCCGCUGUGCUGAAGCACAGCUCGGCGUUGCCGUCCGAGAGCGCCCAGGUCCGGGGCUACGACUUCAACCGCGGCGUGGACUACCGCGCGCUGCUGCAGGCCUUCGGCACCACUGGCUUCCAGGCCACCAACUUCGGGCGCGCAGUGCAGCAAGUCAACGCCAUGAUAGAGAAGAAGCUGGAGCCGCUGUCACAGGAUGAGGACCAGCAUGCAGACCUGACCCAGAGCCGCCGCCCACUCACCGGCUGCACCAUUUUCCUGGGCUACACGUCUAACCUCAUCAGUUCUGGCAUCCGUGAGACCAUCCGUUACCUCGUGCAGCACAACAUGGUGGACGUCUUAGUGACCACGGCCGGGGGCAUCGAGGAGGAUCUCAUCAAGUGUCUGGCGCCCACGUACCUGGGCGAGUUCAGCCUCAGGGGGAAGGAGCUACGUGAGAACGGGAUCAACAGGAUCGGAAACCUGCUGGUGCCCAAUGACAAUUACUGCAAGUUUGAGGACUGGCUGAUGCCCAUUCUGGACCAGAUGGUGCUGGAGCAGAACACAGAGGGCGUGAAGUGGACGCCUUCCAAGAUGAUUGCCCGGCUCGGCAAGGAGAUCAACAACCCAGAAUCAGUGUAUUACUGGGCCCAAAAGAACCACAUCCCCGUGUUGAGCCCGGCGCUCACAGAUGGCUCGCUGGGCGACAUGAUCUUCUUCCAUUCCUACAAGAACCCGGGCUUGGUCCUGGACAUCGUUGAGGACCUGCGGCUCAUCAACACACAGGCCAUCUUUGCCAAGCGCUCUGGCAUGAUCAUCCUGGGUGGGGGCGUGGUCAAGCACCACAUCGCCAACGCCAACCUCAUGCGAGGGGCUGCCAAGGGCUUCCUGCAUCCAGGACACAGCCCGCAGCAUCCGGCUACAUGGCCUGUUUGUGUCUGUCUGGGGCCCCGGCCCUCCCCACAGCGGAAUGGGGCCGACUACGCUGUCUACAUCAACACGGCCCAGGAGUUUGAUGGCUCUGACUCAGGUGCCCGGCCGGACGAAGCGGUCUCCUGGGGCAAGAUCCGGGUGGACGCACAGCCCGUCAAGGUCUAUGCCGAUGCCUCCCUGGUCUUUCCCCUGCUCGUGGCUGAGACCUUUGCCCAGAAGGCAGAUGCCUUCAUGCCUGAGAAGAACGAGGACUGAAUGGUUGCUGUGCCAGGGAGGCCCCCCCAGUCUAUUUAUUAGUUUGCAGCCCCAGCCCCUCCCCCACUCCUUGGUCUGAAGUGUCUAGAAUAAAUGGGCUCAGCGGUU